AUGCCAGAUCCUGAGGACAGGUCCCAGGAUGUGCAGCUUACCGAGAGCGAAGCACACUCGACCCCGACUAACAAACGCCGUAAACGGGCAGUGAGGGCAUGCGACGAGUGUCGCUUUCGUAAAGUCAAAUGCGACGGUCUCACUCCAUGUGAGCCGUGUCGGCAGAGCGAGAGACUGUGCACGUAUACUUCGACUAUUUCGCGGAAUACCGACCCACGUCUCAGGGCCAGAAUUCUCGAGGAUCGCCUGCGGAUUGUUCGCGCAAAACUGGAACAGGUCAAACUGGGGAAAUUGUCCAUUGAAGAUGCAGACCUCGACGCAGUCCUCAAUACUCGCGACGGUGGCCUGUUGGCUCCCGACGAUCACCCAGCUGAGGAAGACUCGCCCACUGACGAACAGGCCAAAGGCCCGAAGCUGGACAGUAUGAUGAGUCGUUACGGUCGCCUCGAAUCCGACGACCCCUGGGCUGCCCCCUUCUAUGGCGCUCCUUCAGGAGCUGCAUUUCUACACCGGUUGCAUGAGUUCUUUGGCAAUGAGAUUGGCUCCCCGCCAAAGUCGAACAACUCAUCUCCCUCUGCGAUCUCGCUGCUCUUCGAUGCUCCUCUUCCUACGGAUGGAUCUCUCGACAUCGCGCCGCCGAUUGCCCCUUUGCUACCUCAUCGUGCGACAGCUGCGGCGCUGGUAUCUGUUGUUCUGGCGUACGCCUAUCCAAUUUUCCUGUUUCUGCACGAGCCGACUUUUCAUGAAAUGGUGGAUCGCAUCUAUACAAAGGACCCUGUCCAGUACAACCGUGACGAUCGUGCUUUCUUACCAUUGUUCUUGCUAGUCAUGGGCCUCGGCUACCUGUUCAGCCAGUCAGAACACCAGAAACAUGGGUGCCGACAGGCCGUCAGCCAGGCGAUGAAGCAUUAUCUCGCAGCGCGCAAGAUGGUUGAUAUUACCACUUGUCGAGACCUUCGCUCGUUGCAAAUUCUACUGUGUUACACUCUCUUCCUUAUUUCCACAGCUAGAAUGGCGUCGGCCCAUGCUUUCCUGAGCCUGGCUUGUUCGUCCGCCUUAAGGCUAGGUCUACAUCACAGAUCAACUCAUGACGCCACAAUCUCUCGCCGAGACCGCGACACCAGAAGAAAGAUCUUCUGGACUAUUAUCAAGCUGGACAUGUACCUGAGUGCAGUUCUAGGUCUGCCAGCACUGCUUGAUCUGCACGAUGUCGAUCCUGCCAUCGACUUGACGUUAAAUGAGGCCAUUCAUGAAGCUACGUCAGGGCUCCCGAGUCGUGAGGCCGUCCUCCUCGGCGGCUCUGCCAAGCACUUGGAGAUCAUGCGUAUCAUCUCAAAAGCCAUCAAAGCAUUGUAUCCAUUACCGUCCGCAACGAACGAGGUUCCUGGGAGAAGUGGGAAAAUUUCAAUCAGUCUUCGAAGCUUGGAGGAGAUCGAGGCGCAAUUUCGGACUUGGGGAGAGAGUACUUCAGAGCUCCUGGCCAAAGGAGACGAUAGUUCACCCGACUUCAUACGGCUCAAGUUCGAGUUGGAGAUGACGUCUUUCUUCGGCAAGAUUGUGCUCUACCGACCUUUCCUACAUUACCUAGCCAAAUCUUCCGAUGGCCUGCCGACGGCCCAAAAGGCGUCUCAGCGAGCACUUGCGUGUAUCAGGAUUGCCUCGACGGCGAUCACUCGAUCUGAGGCCAUACUGCAACUUGGUUUAUUGCCUCCGGCGUCAUGGACUUCCAUAUAUACGAUCUUUCUCUCUGUGGCAUGUCUGAUUUUCCUUAUUGCAACUCGAGACGGUCCAAAGAACCCAAUCGAGGCAUGGCGCAAGGCAGAAAGUGGUAUCCGGUUACUGGCUUCAACGACGUGCCACGAGACAGGCUCGAAGCAGUGCCUUGGAAUUUUGCAGGAACUUGUCCGCUGUCUUUCGCAUAAUGUGGACUUUGAUAUACCGGCUAUAGAAGCAUCAACAAAGCGGGUAUGCUCAGCCAAUAGUCCGGGUGACCAGUUCCCAGUCCGUGGUGACGCGGCUGGAAUGCAUCCUCCCUUGCAAAAUGUAGCUGCAUUCACCCACUCGGCAGCACCGCCCAGAAUCGAUAAUCGAAAUUUUGUUGUAGCUGGGCAAUGGCAAAUGACGGAGCCGCAAAUGCACCUCCAAGGUCAGGCGAUGCCUCACAAGAUGCGGCAUGAUGAUUAUCAUUACGACCCGACCCUGGCGCAAAAUGCCCUCGGCUUCCCUGGCGUGGAAAGCACCGGAUGGGAUGCUAACUUACAGGAUGCCGCCCAGGUAAAUACUGCCCUUCCUGUGGUAGUCAUUAUGAGAUCUGGCUCCCCCCAUGGCCAUCUACAAAAGCUGACCAAAGUACAGGUGACAACUGCUGCGGAGUCACUUGCUGAUGAAUUAGUCGACGUCCCCACGUUGCAGAAUUUCAGCUGGCCACAGGAAGGCAUAACGGAAAACUAUUUCAGUGAUAUUCUCCUUUCCAAUGACAUCGGACAACAGGGGUAA